UCUUUGGAAACUCGCUUCGAACACUCCGUCUCCACUGCUCCUCUCUCGACCGAUCGAUCGACAAUGGCCGCUACGUCUAACUCGCUCUUUUCCCUCGCUUCCUCCAGCUCACUUAGUCAUCCGACUCGGAACCUUGCGCAUUGCCCUCUUCCUGUAUCCAGGUCCAGCUCCGCCGUGUUCCGUCUCAGACGUCGGCCCAACUCGCUCGUCUUGUGCUCCGCCAAUGGAUCGAACAGCGCCGAGAAGGAGACUCCAAUCGAACUCAAAUACGAGGCGUUUCCUACGGUGAUGGAUAUCAAUAAGAUCAGAGAGAUUUUGCCUCACAGGUUCCCGUUUCUGUUAGUGGAUAGAGUGAUAGAGUACACGCCUGGUGUAUCGGCGGUAGCUAUAAAGAACGUGACCAUUAACGACAACUUCUUUCCAGGGCAUUUCCCUGAAAGGCCGAUAAUGCCUGGCGUUCUCAUGGUUGAGGCCAUGGCUCAGGUUGGAGGAAUAGUUAUGCUGCAACCAGAAGUGGGCGGUUCUCGGAGUAACUUCUUCUUUGCUGGGAUCGACAAAGUGAGAUUCAGGAAGCCCGUGGUUGCAGGCGAUACUCUUGUAAUGAGGAUGACUCUCAUAAAGCUGCAGAAACGUUUCGGCAUAGCCAAAAUGGAAGGGAAAGCAUACGUCGGAAACUCCCUCGUAUGCGAGGGCGAGUUCUUGAUGGCAAUGGGAAAGGAGGAAUGACAAUGCUUAUUCUCUCCAUGGUAACAAUCUUCUUUCUUUUUAACAAAAAAAAAAAACUUUCUUCUUUCUUUCUUUCUUUUUUUCUCUCGACAAUUUUUUUGCUGCCUUUUUUUUAUCAUCUUGUGAUGGAUCUUUCCUUCUUUGCAUGAACCCAUUUGACUGGUCUUGUCCCUGAACCUGUCUUGCCUUGCAAAACUAAUCUUCAUACCAUGAGAUUGCAUAAUUUAGUUGGAGGUUAGCAUUCAUAUCA